AAAAACCUGAUUCGUCUCUCUUCCGAAAACAACACAUGGCUGGCCGUGGAAAAACUCUCGGAUCUGGAGUCGCGAAGAAGGCGACGUCUCGUAGCAGCAAAGCCGGUCUCCAGUUCCCCGUCGGUCGUAUCGCCCGGUUCUUGAAGAACGGCAAGUACGCCGAACGUGUCGGCGCCGGAGCUCCGGUUUACCUCGCCGCCGUUCUCGAAUACCUCGCCGCUGAGGUUCUUGAAUUGGCUGGAAACGCGGCUAGGGACAACAAGAAGACGAGAAUCGUGCCACGUCAUAUUCAGUUGGCCGUGAGGAACGAUGAGGAGCUGAGCAAGUUGCUUGGAGAUGUGACGAUUGCUAAUGGAGGUGUGAUGCCGAACAUUCACAACCUGCUUCUUCCUAAGAAGGCUGGUGGUGCGUCUAAGCCUUCCGGCGAUGACGAGUAGUUUCAGAUCUGUGUUUGUUGGGGGUGGUUUAUUAGCUAUUUGGAUGUGUAGCUUAGGGUUUAGAUUAGGUCUUUUAUGUUUUCGUUAGUCUACGGUGCUGUGUUCUUUGGGUUCUAAAUGAAAUCAUGUGAUGAUCUUAAUAUAUUAAUGUUAUUAUUUGGUUUCUCAAUUAUUUAUGCAGUUAUAGUGCUUUUUGUUAGAACCAACAAACGAGUUUGACAGGUUCCAUAAUUUCACUUCUAUGUUUAUGUGAUCUGUUUAACCAUUUGUUAAGUUGCUC